AUGGCUCGGUUGGACGCAUCCAUGGCGCAGGAAGCUCGUCCCGUACCUGCAGCGUUGCUUGCUGCCGAGCCUGACUCUGCUGCCGAACCUCACCCUGAUGGCCCUGCUUCAGUUCCUGCGGCCCAGCGUGCUCCCCUCGUCACAGGAUCAGCGUGCUCCCCCCUCACCUCAGCCGUGAAAGUCCGCGUGACCAAGGAGUCCGAUUUCAUCAAGCGCCGGCGCCACCCUCCCUCCACCACGGUCAUUCUGGAGCUUCAGAACCACCUCAUUCUCACCCGAGGGCUGCUGUUCGGUCCGGAGUAUGCGUGCACAGUGCUGCGAUCGGGAGGUGGGGCCAAAGGGAGGGGGUAUCGGCUCUACGUGCAUCGGGUGGAUGAGCCGAUACUGCGUAUAUGGAACACCAGCAAUGUUAUAGUGUAUCACGUGCAGAGUGAGGUGCUCUAUGCAGUGGCAUGUAGAUGCCACAGCCGUUUCAAGCCUACUUGCCCGCAUGCCCCACUCUCCAAGCACCCUACCCCGCCCCCUCCUCUCCUCUUCCCUCUCUAUUGGAAUCCCCUACCUCUCCCCUCUCAGAUGUCGCAGCCGUUCCGAGCCUACUCAGCGGCAUGCCCCAGGGAGAUCCCUGAAGUGGGCACGGACAUCAUCUGCCCUCUCAUCCACGUCUACCGCUCCUACGGCGUUCAGAUCGUCAAGGGCUACACGUUUGACCGCGUGGACAUGGGCUACACGUUUGGUCGAGUAGACGUGAUUCGCACGAUGCACAGCCGCAUUGACAGCAUGAGGAUGACAGGCGUGUCGGAUUUCAAGAGGGGCAAUGGAGUGAUUCGAGUGAUGCUGUCGGGGUAUGGGCCGCUGCUGGUGCGCUCUUACAUCUACAUCACCAACAAUGAGGUCUAUGGCGUGUACAUGCCAGUGCUGCUACACGUGGGCACGGUGGGAGCGGUGGUCAGGAACAACUAUGUGCACGACUAUGUGUUUGCUGCCAUCACGUGCGGCAACAUGGUUCACUCGCAGGGCGACUGCAUGCUCAGCACCAUUGCAAACAACCUCGUUGUAGCAGCAGGGCGGAACCUCUUCCACCUCUAA